GGAUAAAGGACAUUGUGGUGGUGGUAACUGGAGGAAACAUGGAAGCCAUGAAAAAUAUUAUUGAGAAGUACCAGCAUAAACACAUCUCACUAGUAGAAGCUGGAGUGACCCGCCACAGGUCAAUUUUCAAUGGACUAAAAGCACUGGCAGGGGAUCACCCUGACUCUACACUCCGUAAGCCAGAAGUAGUGAUCAUCCAUGAUGCUGUGAGACCAUUUGUUGAAGAAGAGAUCCUCCUUAAUGUUGUCACAGCUGCUAAGGAGCAUGGGGCAGCGGGAGCGAUUCGACCUCUUGUAUCUACUGUCAUCAGUCCAUCUGCUGAUGGUUGUUUAGACCACUCACUAGAACGUGCCAGACACAGAGCAAGUGAAAUGCCACAGGCCUUUUUAUUUGAUGUGAUCUAUGAAGCCUAUCAGCAG